UCAAAGAAAGGAAUGCUAUCUGCGCGCAUAUAAGGGCCACCACGCCCAAGCAAGUGUCGGUGUAUUUCUGGUGUUUCACAGGAAGUAUCGCCACUGUUAUCGCGCAUUUGGACCACGUUGUGGCCAUCUUUUUACAAUGACGGACGAAUGUUCCAUUGAAAUUGACGCUGCUCCCUCAGAGGACGAAGCCCUGGUUACUGCUCAACUUAAUGCAGAAAUGGCUGAACUAACCCAAACUGCGGUGCCGAAGCAGAAGCGCAAACCCACGUCCUCACGCAAGCGCAAGGUAACUGUAGAUGAACCUGAUUUGUGCGACACGGUACACAAUUUGCAGCACACACUAGCGAGUCUUACCGAAGCUUUUGCCCAAACGAGGCGCGUCUGCUUCUCAUGGCCAUCCGAGUGCCAACAACCUCGGCGGUGACAUUCUGAACACAGCGGCGCUACUACCGGCUCGGCCUGAGCCUGAAAAUGUUGAGCAACCAGGGGCCGAUGCAGUCGCACCUGAAAGGGGCGAUUAUUACUCUGAUGACGAGGUUGAUAACCUGUUGAAUCUUAAUGCAGCCCAAACUGAGGGCACUAACAUUGAGGAUGAUGAUCUCCUCUCUGAAAUGGCCGCACUCGUUGACAGUGAUACUAAAGAGGGCCCUCCUAUCAAUGAGCAGUUGGCUAAAACGAUCAACUCUUUGGCACGGGGGAAAACACAGCCAGAGAAACUAACUAAACAAAUUAAGUUGUAUGAUCGGCCAAAAAACUGCGAGAACCUUGCUUUGACCAAGGUGAAUCCGGAAAUUUGGGCCUUUCUAAAGCAAGCCACGAGAACGAGGGAGGGGAAAUUCCAAAAGAUACAACAGACCCUCGUGUGUGCGUCAAUCGCGACUUCUAAGACGGCAGACCACCUGCUUCGGAUGCGAAACGCAAAGACCGUGGCAGGAAAUGUUCUCGAUACUGCAGGACUUAGUAAGGGCCUAAUUGACGCGGUGGUUAUAAUGGGUCAUGCCACGGCGCUUCUCAAUUUGCGCAGACGUGACUUUAUUAGGCCGGACCUGAGCGCCCGUUACGCACCGCUGUGCUCUUCCCAGGUACCGGUUACUGACCUGCUGUUUGGCAAUGAUCUUGUCCAGUCGUGGUAAGCAAUACAAGAAACGAAUAAGAUCAGUUCCCGGGUUUACGGUGCCGAAUUUAGCUGGUGGUCUUGGACUAGGUAUCGUGGUCGUCAACAACGACAGCCUUACUACAGGAGAGGCAAUCUUACAGCCAACUUUGGCUACCAGAGACGAGUGCGUCAGAAUAACGGUGUGAACCAUGACAAGUUUACAGCAACGGCAGUUGCCAACACACAGAACCCUGUUGAAAAAGGGAACCCAUCUGCGCUACUGGAGUGCUCAUCUUCCCGUUCUGGAGAACACAACACUGGUUUCCACGGCUACUCCGCCUCUUGACAACAGAGCCCUUCAUAUUACCAGGUUCGUUGCACUGUUGCACCUACCACACGACCCGGGGCGUCGACACCCACUAGCAGCCAGCCUAGUUCUGUGUGCAGCACACUUGUCCGGCAAUCGCUCACUGAGAAAGGACUUUCAAGCGACACAAUCGAGAUCAUCUUGCAGUCCUGGAGAGUCGGUACACAGAAACAGUACAGCUCAGCAAUACGCAAAUGGUUACGUUUCUGUUCUGAACGGCAAGUCCAUCCCCUUCGUCCCUCUGUGAACGCAUGUUUAGUGUUUAUGACCGAGCUGGUCAAUAACGGAGUUAAGUACAGUAUCAUUAACACUGCAAGGUAUGGUUUAGCGUCAAUAAUUUUUAUGGACUGUAAUAUCACAUUUGGCAGUCAUCCACUGACUACGAGAUUCAUGCAUGGGGUAUACAACCUGAGACCACAGCUCCCGCGAUACACUACCACGUGGGAUGUGAGCAUUUUACUUCGUUACCUUCGAAGUCUGGAACCCCUGAGUCGAAUAAAUUUACAACUCAGCUAUAAACUGGUAUCGCUUUGUGCACUGACGUCAGGUCAACGAGCUCAAACAUUGUCUUUGCUUAGACUGGACUGUAUGACAAUUACACGAGAACCUGUUACGUUUGCAAUUACAGAUCGAAUCAAAACAUUUAGGGUCGGCAAGCCCCAGCCAAAGGUAGUUUUAUCUAUGCACCGUCCAGAUAACAAAUGGUGCAUUGUUCGUACAUUACUUGAGUAUGUUAAACGCACGAAAGCUGUGCGAAACGGUAACCCUUAGCUUUUCUUACGAUGUACACCUCCUCAUAAUGCAGUUAGUACACAGACUCUCAGUUGAUGGCUGGAAAAUGUUCUAUCCCGCAGUGGAAUUGAUCCUACAUCCACUUUUAAAUCGCACAGCUUUAGAUCAGCCUCAACAUCUGCUGCUAAAGGGGGUGCCUGUCGACGUAAUUCUACAAAUGGCGGGAGGGACAAACGCAGUCACGUUUGCCAAGUUCUAUAAGUAAGUAAUACGUAAAGUAACCCCACAAAAGACGUUUGCGCACUCUGUCUUAGGUAAGACUGUUGAGUAAAUAAUAACAGUAUUGUUUGGCCAUGCCUUGACAGGAAAAUGUAAAUAAAAUUAAAUAAAUGUUAAAUACAAGUUAAAAUAUAUUGUAAAGGACACCGGACAGGACCGUGCCUGUCUUAGGAAGACUAGCUCGAACCUUUUGUCGAGUCCGUGUUAAGAAUUGUGCUUCGUUUAUUGCUAGUUAAAUCGUUUUUGAUGUUGACUAUUGUUCUAGAACUUGUGGGAAAUAAAGCGAUAACGCUUGGUUCCCCUACCCUGGCCUCUGCUUCCAGUGUAAUUUGUACUACUUCGAAAACCUGACACUUGCUUGGGUGUGGUGGCCCUUAGGCCUAUAUGCGCGCCGAUAGCAUUCCUUUCUUUGAAAUAUGGCUUAGCCUAAAUACCAGACAAUACAAUCUCACGUGAUUCCUCAUUGCGGUAAAGGAUCGGCAAAAUCCCUAUCAAACUCCAUUACUUUCGUUUAAUUUGGGGACUAUUACACAUCUUUGCUUAAAAGAACAGCCCUGGUUGUUUCCUCCGCAAUAAUUUUCCCUCUCUGACUGCACUUUUGGGGAACGUUCGAUAGAGGUCACUACAUACGUACUAUUAGCUACAAUCAGUCACUUAUCGGAAAGCCAUAGUCAAGUUGGACUCAGCAGAUGGAACCACAAAAUAUUGAUCAAGUAUUAUAACCGCCGGUUCGUUUUUAACGAACCGACCUGGUUUACCAGGCUAUUAUUAUAUUAAUAGGUAGACAUGCGACGUGCAUUUUCAAUCAUUGGUAAUAAAUUGUUAUAAAAGUGUUAUAUAAUUUUUUUCCACUGACAGUCAAAUUUAUUUCCCUUCCAAAGUAGCAAAAGAAAGCUCUUUCUGAGAGAGGUACUGUGCUUACGCGCAAUAAUCAGACGUCACCAUGCCGUAUACAUGGGUUUCCUGACAUA